AUGGCAGUAUCCUGUGGUAGUCACGGACUAAUAACCAGAGUUUUGGAUAAGGUGCUCAGAGCACAAAUUCUCGCUUUUCAGACUGUGGUACAAUGCUGUUUUGCAAAGCGAGUGAUUACAUCCGACAUCAACGACACUAUUGAGUCUCGACUCGAGGUUGUUUCACUCGAGCAAAACCCGGUAUACGAAGCUCUCUCUUACUGUUGGGGUGACAGUGCUGAGCUUCAUGAGAUCAAAUGCAAUAAUGAAGAAUUCCAAGUCACUACAAAUCUUUUCAGUGCACUGCAGCACUUGAGGGAUGAGCAUUCCGUGCGUACGUUAUGGAUUGACGCCAUUUGCAUCAACCAGGAAGACUUGAAGGAGCGUCAAUCCCAGGUUCUACUUAUGGGAGAUAUUUAUACCAGAUCCGACAGAGCGGUUGUCUGGUUGGGUCCCGACCCCGUAUCAGAUGGAAUCAACCACUUGUUUGACCUGAUGCAAACGAUUCCUGAUCUUCCAAGCCCUCACCUCAGCAAACGAGAGACAACAUUUUUCGAGAUGAACGUGGCUGAUCUCGAUCAAUGGCCUCAAAGGGAAGGCUAUGAUUAUGCUCCGGGUGCGGUCAAGAAAGAUUUUGUUAUACCGGAGCAAGCAAAGAAAGGUGCAAUCGCUUUGCUAGAACGACCAUGGUGGACAAGGGUAUGGACUGUUCAAGAAAUGGUUCUGGCUCCCAGCGCGAUCUUUGUGUGUGGCAAUUCAUCUGCUUCAUCAACAGAAGUACGAAAAAGGUGCAACGAUAUUCUGAUGCACUCAGUCAGCGACGCCUUUGAUACUGGCGAUGUUGAUGAUGUCGGUGCUUUUGGGGACUUGGUAUCUGACGGUGAUGGCAAACUUUUCAUUGCCAUCGUGCGGUUACAUCGCAGUUCCGAUGCUAAAAAGGAUCUUGGGGCAAUUCUCCAUCUUCAUAGGUGGUUAAGAGCGAAAGAUCCUAGAGACAAGGUGUAUAGCUCUUUAGGUAUCGCCACAUCAACAUACGGCAUCGAGCCAGACUACACCGUUUCCACAGUGGAGUGCUACACACGUGCAGCCUUCAAAAUUAUAAGCGGCAGUUGUUCACUAGACAUUUUCAGUGCUCUGGGCAUGCCAGCUUGUUUAGAGGCUACCCUGGAUGGGUUGCCUUCGUGGGUUCCUGACUGGAGUUACGACUUCUCUAGUAUUCCAGACGAAGAAAAAGGUCCCUCUGGUAUCAACAAUCCUAUUAUUAGGGAAAAUGUUCGAACGCCAAUAUUGCUAGAGACGAGGGGAUCAUUUCCCGAGUUCAAGGCGUCGCAAUCCAACAUGCCUUUCACCACAAGACUUCUUGAUGACAGCAAGACACUUGUUCUCAGAGGUUUUAUCGUGGAUGAGUUGGUUUCUGUUGGCGACAAGCUUGAGUACCCUUGGCCGGGACCUGAGAUAGAUUUCAACGAUGUGUUAGACCCUAUUCGCGAGCUCAGGCGAACCUCUAGGAUCUGGGGAGGCAUUGGACGAGUCAUUGAUACUAUUCAAGGCUGGCAAGAUCUCGCUUUCCAAGGUGGAAAUAUUCAGACGUUGCCAGGUGAAACCCCAAUGGACGCUUUCCUCACAACGCUGUUGAGCAAUCGGAUUAGACUCGAUGCUAAUCGCCGCGACGUCCUGGAUUACCUUGAGCAGAGUAUAAGAAGAGGCUUCAAGAUGACCAAGACUGGUAUUGUCAUGCAUCAGAUGCAUCUUCCACAGAUAGUACCAAGACUGUACUACAAACUGCUGGGAUACAGGAAAUUAAGCAGCAUAGAUCGGAGUGACAUGCUCUUGUUUGGAAAGUCUUUCACUGACAUACAAUGGGCCUUUGAUCAUAGGAUGGGAAUGACAAGCUCGGGACAUCUCUGCCUAGUUCCUUGGCCCAUUCAAGCUGGUGAUUGGAUUGCGCUGCUUCAGGCUGGGAGGACACCCUACGUGCUGCGAAAAGCUGGAGAUAAAUGGAAGAUUAUUGGGGAUUGCUAUGUUCAUGGAAUCAUGUCUGGGGAAGCUUGGAGUGAUGAGAAGUGUGUCGAUAUUGAGAUUGUCUAA